AUGUGCGAUUGCGGCUAUCUGAGUUCCCGCCUUCUCCCACGCGAAUCCUCCGGUGAGAGGAUUCGAGGUGGCCGCCUCUCCAGCUGCUUUGCGACGGCGGCUGUGUACCGUGACGUUGUCCUCCAGCAUCCCGGCGGGUGGAGGGUGUCAGGCCGUGGCAGAAGAGGCUGCUGGAGUUUUUCUCGGCAGAGAACGGUCAUAUCUGUUUGUACGGGUGUUCUGGCGGGCGGGAGCUUCUUCGUUAGGGUUGGACAGCACAAUACCAAAGGACAUGGAACGCCCGGGGCGUUCCCGCCGGACGCGCAGAGAUUCAUCAGAGCAGUGCGCUCUGCGCGUCUCAGGGAUGACGAGGGAGGGCUGGACAGUGCUGAUCUUUUGCCAGCGAGGUUUUCAGAGGUUGACGACACUUCUGUUCCAUCGAAUUUCGAUGUUCUUCAGUUGAAGAGGGAGUUGGGGAAGGAGGAGAGGGGAGAUGAAAUCGCCGACAGUGCGGUGGACGAGAACAAUCUUAUCCCCUCGGAAGACCCGGAAAGUAUCGUCUCAGACUCCGGACAGAAGAACAGCGUUGACCGAAUUUGGGGUUCCAGGCGUGGGAGGCAGGUGCUGAGAAGAUCAAGCUUGCUGGCUAAGCAAGUCAUCAGUGUUCACUCUGCUCGCAGCCUGGGUUUCAUCUCCCAGCUCUGGGUGGACACCAUUUCGGUAAGCUCUAUAUGCUUUCCAUAACUUCAACCUUCAGCAGAGAAAUAUGCAGAGCUCAUAAUACCAUUAUACAUGAAAACCGGAAAGCAAGGCCUUAGCAGUAAGCUCGUCAUAUCUCUGUUACAACAAGAGGUUUCGGUGAUCAUCAUAUACAUAUAGAUAUCGCCCAUAUAUAGAUACUGCAGUCAAGUCGAUCAUAUUGCACCUCACUCACAUUGUCCAGUGCUUAUUCACUGGAACGCGUUCCAUGUUUCAGGAAGAACCUUGGCAUUUGUCAGAAACUCGAUUAUGCGACUGUGAUUCUAGCCCUGUUAGACCUGGAAUAUGGGGUCCUUUUAAAAUGUCUCUCCAUUUCUCAAUUGCUCAAAAGACGUAGAAAAUAGCAUGAUCCUAAUGGGUUUUCUGAAAUCUCGUCGUCUGGGUAGAAGUGAUCAGAAAUAGAAGAAUUGAGCUGAUCUUCACUGAUAAUUCACCGUUUUGGGCCCGUAACUGGAAGAACUAGACAGAGCGAGCUCUAGUUUUAUCUAGUUAAUUAUGUUUUCACUGAUCUGACUACAAUAGGCCCUACCUUCAUCGAAAUAACAGUUCUUGGCUUGAACAGGGACAAGGAAAGCAUCUGGCCACGGCCCCUUUUAUUUCUCACGAACUUUAUAGAUUCCUAUAAAAUUUACCGUGCUCAGACUUUCAUGCUGUGUAUGGCAGCGUGUGUUCUUCUUGUUAUUGGCAUAGUCUCUGGUGAUUAAUCCCAAAAAUGGAACGCGUUCAAGAACAAUGCUUUGAUCGUCGUUGUAAUUUUCUGCAGUGGACUGUUGUUAUAGUGGAAGUGAGGCCGAACUUGUUGUCAGGAGAAAUAGAGAGGCUGCUCCUCGAGGACCUGGAGCAGGUAUGCUAAAGAUCCUGAUCAUCUGAUGGCCCAUGUUUCUUUAAAUAUCCAUGUCUUAUCGCUUGUUCUCACGGUUAUUUGGUUGACUUUUCUUGCCCACUCGCUUAAUAACUAAUGUCGGUGCUAUUUCCCCAAUAACCACCAACCCGGAUAUACUAAUUUUUUUAUUUUUUUUUCGUACGCUCUGCAGUUCUUUAAAAAAUCCAUUUCUUCUAGCUCUUGCCCCACCGUUACCUCCAUUGAAUACCACUGCCCACCUCUUCAAGAACCAAUGUCGGUGCUAUUUCAUAUCCUGCAAGCUCAUUUUUUUCUUUAAAACCCAUUUAUUUCCUUUUUUCCAACAGCUUACCUCCAUUGAAUCCUCCAACCUACCCACCUCUUUAAGAGGCAAUGAUGGAGGUAUUUUCGCCUCAUAACUUCGGCGCGGAUCCGUUAUCUUCUUCCUUCUCAGGUGAAAGCAUUGGAGUUGGUUGACUUUAUUUCCCAGAAUAACUCAAACCCUUUUCUUUUUUUCUUUUUUUUUUCUUUUUUUUUUCUUUUUUUUGGUGAGACCCGCGUGGAAAUAUAUGCCCCCUGAGGUGAGUAAAACCACUGGGUUUAUUAUGUUUUUAAUUCCCCGGCUUGGGCGUUGACUGGAAUCAUAAAAAUUGAAACUUUAUCACAUCUGAUCCGAUGGAGAGAUGAAAAGUGUCCCCACCCCACCUGAGGCUCUUCUUCUUCCUCUUCACAGGUGGGCGACGUGGUGCUCGUACAGGACGAGAGCGUGAUGGAAAAUGAGCUCAAAAUGAUCGGCCUCGACACCCUGGUAAUGCCUUCUUCUCGGCACUACUUCAUAAAUUAAAUAAUAAAAAUAAAUAUAAAAAAUCUCAUCUUUACUCGAUGGCCCUUCUCCUUCGCUAGGUAGGAUACAACGUGGUGACCCCGGCACGCCGCAAGAUCGGGAAGGUGAGGAUAACAAUAUUAUUAUUAUUAUUAUUAUCGUUAUUAUUAUGAUAAUUGUUGUUGUGAUCUUCAGGUGCGUGGGUACAGCUUCAACGUCAACUCGGGGGCGGUGGAGUCGCUGGAGCUGGAUUCCCUCGGCAUCUCCGUGAUUCCUUCGACCCUGGUCUCGAUCCGCCCUCCCCCCCGCCGACCGUCUGAGGAGAAGGGCACCUGUUUCUGACCAGAUCUCUCCUCUGUUCAGGUGAGCACCUACUCUCUGAUGGUGGAGGACGUGAUCGAAGUGGCCUCCGACUGCGUGGUGGUGGAGGAGGAUGCGGAGUCCCGCUUGCAGAGGUUGACGAAGGUGCGCGGGUUUCUAGGGUUUUCGGUCACCGAUCGAGACAGCGGAUCGAUCGUCCCUCACGGUCUGGUUCAUCUUCCGGCAGGGACUGUGGGGCGACCGCUCCGGCGAGGCGUCUCCGGCGGCUUGGGACCACGUCGAAGAGUUCUCGGAGAUGAGGAGGCGGGCGAGGCGGCCGGAACGCCGGCGAGGCGGCCGGAGGUUCUCGCCGGAGGGGGAAGGAGCCGAGGGCGACUGGGACCUCCCCAUGGACUUUUAG